AUGCGCGCGCUCGACCGAGGUGACGCCCCACCGUUCGAUCGCGAGCGAUUCAACGCCGACGUCGUCGUACCGAGCGACCAACGCGUCGCCCUCGAGCGCGUUCCCGGGUGGUCAUCGACGUCGUCGCGCGCCGAGAACAUCGCGCCGAUCGACGAUACGCCGGAGGAGUACGGAGAGACGCGCAAAGCGCCGACGUCGGCGCCUCUCGAGCGAACGAGCCCGCGCGCGGCGACUCCGAAGAAGCGUUCGAGUCCGAGAGCGCGAGCGAGCCCGGGACGAGGGCUGUACAUGGCAAAUCAACGAGCGCUGGAGAUGGCGAGCGAGAGCGAGGAUGAGGAUGAGGACGCGCGGGUCGAGGCGGCGACGGCGACGACGGCAAACGACGGAGCGGCGUUUACAAACGUCCCGGCGCCUGGGGUGAAGCCGCUCGUCGUCGCGAACGACGAAGUUAUGGCCAAAGCGAAGGAGCGCCGAACGAAGCCGAAGAUACUUUUCGAUGAUGAUGACGACGACGACGACGUGAUGCCGACGCAGACGGAGAGUCAGCUUCUGCGCAGGGCGUCUCCGUCGCCCAGGAAGAGUCCGGCGAAGCGCACGCGGACGGACGAGAACGAUGCCCCGGCAUCGCCCGCUAUUGGAGUUUUGAAGCGCACAGUGAACGCCGCGGCGGAAGCUUUAGGUUUUAGCAGCCCAUUCAAGACGAGCGCGCCGCCGUCUCCACUGAUCGGCGGAUUCCGUUUGCAGUCUCCAGGGGCGCCGGUGAUGAUGUCUCCCGGAACGAUGCGAAAUGUCGUCGGGAGCGUCGCGCGCUCCGUCAUGGACGAUGACGACGACGUGCGCGCCAACAAGGUUGAGUGGGGAUCUAAAUCGGGAUACGAGGCCAAGGCAGGCGCGAGGCGAAAGCUCGCACUAGGAGAAACGUCUCCGUCCAAACGCGCGCGGCGAUGA